CAACUGCCCAGGUUCUUAUGAAUUCCCCACGCACCAUUUCUGAUAUUUAUUUCUUCAAUUCCUCUGCCUCUUCUUGUCUGAAUUGAGAUCCAGACCCAGCUACCAACACUUUUCCAGAAUUGAAAUGCCAAAUUCACGACUUUGAUUUCGAGUCCCAAGUCAACCCCAGCUUUACCCCACAAUACCGCGCGCCAAUCACGAUGGCGAUGAAUGUCAGAUCUGCCUCCAAGGCAAUCCGAACGCUGCGAGUAAGCAAAAGUCUUGGUUUGGAGGUCAUCGCAGUACUGUAGCUAAUUGAUUGAAAGCCUAUCGCCGUUCGACCGACAAUCCUCCCUACCUACCGAAACUAUGCCACCUCCUCCGAACCAGAUCUCAAGACGACCUUCAAGAAAGCGAUCCCCGCAAAAAGGGAAUUGUUGAAGAAAGUCAAGUCAUUGGGCGAUAAGGUUAUUGGCGAAGUCAAGAUUGAGAACACAAUUGGUGGAAUGAGGUAUGAAUUGAUAAUCACAAGAUCCACUAAAGCAGGGGCUUACAAAAUACAGAGGGUUAAAGGCAAUGGUAUGGGAAGGCUCAGUUCUCGAUGCCAAUGAGGGAAUCAGAUUUCAUGGCCGUACGAUCAAGGACUGUCAAAAAGAGCUGCCAAAGGGCACUUCAGGAACAGAAAUGCUUCCCGAGGCCAUGUUCUGGCUUCUCUUGACAGGACAAGUCCCAUCUACGAAUCAAGUUAGAAAGUUCUCUCGUGAACUUGCGGAACAAUCAGAACUUCCUCAAUUCGUGAACAAGAUGCUUGAUGCAUUCCCAAAAGACCUUCAUCCAAUGACACAAUUCGCAAUUGCUGUCUCCGCUCUCUCACAUACCUCCAAAUUCGCCGAAGCAUACGCAAAGGGUGUCAACAAGGCCGAUUACUGGGAACCAACAUUUGAUGACAGCAUCUCGCUUCUUGCCAAACUCCCAACUAUCGCAGCCAAGAUUUACCAAAACUCAUAUCGGGGUGGUGGUGCUCUCCCAGCAAAGGUUGAUCUGAACCAAGAUUGGUCGUACAACUUCGCAGCUAUGCUCGGAAAGGGUGGCAAAGAAAACGAAAACUUCCAAGAUUUAUUAAGAUUGUACCUUGCUCUCCAUGGAGAUCAUGAGGGUGGUAAUGUCUCAGCUCACGCAACACAUUUGGUAGGCAGUGCACUCAGUGACCCGUUCCUGAGUUACAGCGCCGGUCUUCAAGGUCUCGCAGGUCCACUUCACGGGUAGGUACAUCCGUUUCCGUACCACCUCCUCAACUAACCGAAACCCCCCAGUCUCGCAGCUCAAGAAGUCCUACGAUGGAUUCUCCAAAUGCAAGAACAUGUAGGAACCACCUUCUCCGACAAAGACGUCUCCGACUACCUCUGGAGCACCCUCAAAUCCGGCCGCGUCGUCCCAGGCUACGGCCACGCCGUGCUUCGUAAACCCGAUCCCCGCUUCGAAGCCCUAAUGGACUACGCAUCCUCACGUCCCGAGAUCGCAAAAGACCCCGUCUUCCAACUCGUCAAGAAGAACUCCGAGAUCGCCCCCGAAGUCCUCAAGGAACACGGCAAGACCAAGAAUCCUUACCCCAAUGUCGAUUCGAGUUCUGGUGUCCUCUUCCACCAUUACGGUUUCCAUGAGACGCUUUACUAUACCGCGACUUUCGGUGUCAGUAGAGGCUUAGGACCCCUGGCUCAAUUGAUCUGGGAUCGUGCGUUGGGAUUGCCGAUUGAGAGGCCGAAGAGUAUUAACCUUGAGGGAUUGGUUAAGCUUGCUGAGAGCUCGUAGAUGAUUAUGAUGUAUAAAUGAUGUCAAGAGGGUAUGAGGAGUUUUUCCGUUUGCUGGAGUUAGUCCCCUGAUCUGAUAGAUCUUUUGAGUCAUUCAUAAAAAGCCUUUUUUAGAAAUUCUC